CGCCGUGGUGCCGCCGAGGCCGCCUGUGUGAGUGCGAGUAGCCGGACGCGGCGCGGGUGAGUGGGAGGGCGCGGGCGGCGGCGGGCGCGCAGGCACGGCCCGGUACGGCACGGCACCGCCCGGCCCCAUGCGCGGCCCGCUUCCACGGUGAGCGCGGAUCCCCGCUGCCCGCCCCGUGCCCCUUUUCCGGCGCUCCCGACCCUGUCUGGCCCCUAAAAUGGCGAGUGGGAUGAAUGGCCCGGGCGGCGGCGGCGGCGCGGCGGCCGGGGGCGGCGAGGAGGAGCUGGGCGCCCGCCACACGGGAGGCGGAGCCGUGCCUCAGCAGGAGCCCGGCGUGUUCGGCGCGGCGGCGGGCGACGGGGAACCGGCGGCGGGCGAGGGCGGGCGCUGCCCGUCCCCUCAGCCUCACCAGCUGCUGCUGCUGCUGCGGCGCUCGCCCAGCGCCUCGCUCUGCCCGGCGCCGGAGGCCGCCUCCGUGGCGGGCCGCAACGUUCCCGCGGCGGGCCGCGGCGGGCAGCCCCCUCCGGCGGGCCGCGGCCCCCCCCCGCCCGCCGCCGGCGAGGACGUGAGGAAGUGCGGCUACCUGCGGAAGCAGAAGCACGGGCACAAGCGGUACUUCGUUCUGCGGGCCGAGAGCCACCUGGCCCCCGCCCGGCUCGAGUACUACGACAGCGAGAAGAAGUUCAAGAGCAGCCUGCGGGCGGCGGGGGCCGGCGGGGUGGGCUCCCUGUGCUGCCCCCCGCCCAAACGGGUCAUCCCCCUCUACCAGUGCUUCACCGUCAGCCGGCGGGCCGAUGCCAAGCACAAGCACAUCAUCGCCUUGUACACCAAGGAUGAGUACUUCGCUAUGCUGGCAGAGAAUGAGGCAGAGCAGGAGGCCUGGUAUCAGGCGAUCAGCGAGCUCAUGAGCCAGAGCAAGAGGGGCUUCCUGGAGCAGGAGGACCACACCGAUCAGCAGGUGGAUGAGGACGAUGAGCACUACGGGGCCGCCCUGAGGCCUGGCACCGUCUUCAAGGAGGUGUGGCAGGUCAAUGUGAAGCCUAAAGGGUUGGGACAGACAAAAAACCUGACUGGAGUGUAUAGGUUGUGCCUCUCCAGCAGGGCCAUCCACCUCGUCAAGCUGAACUCAGAGGUGCCCUCUGUCCACCUGCAGCUAAUGAAUAUUCGCCGCUGCGGACACUCGGAGAACUUCUUCUUCAUCGAAGUGGGCAGAUCUGCCUCUAUUGGGCCUGGAGAGCUCUGGAUGCAAGUGGAUGAUUCGGUGGUUGCCCAGAAUAUGCACGAGACUUUUCUGGACACCAUGAAAGCUCUAAAGGCCUUUGCAGAGUUCAGGCCCCGAAGCAAAAGCCAGUCCUCUGGUGGUGGUAGUGGUACGAAUCCCAUCUCCUUCAUCACCACCAGGAGGCACCUGGGCAACCUGCCCCCUAGCCAGACUGGCUUGCAGAGGAGGUCUAGAACUGAGAGUGUUGCUGGAGGGACUCCUCCUACCACCAAAAGCAGCAACUCCUAUCGCUUCAGAACAUCCAGCGAAGGAGAAGGAACCAUGACUAGACCUUUUAGGUCAGUGACUGGAAGUCUGAUCCACCUCAAUACUGCGAGGAUGAAUUUGGGCCGGCAAGAGGGGAGCGGAAGGUAUGUGAGAGCCGCUUUCAGCUCGUCUUACCACACCAGGUCUGCUUCACUGCCUGUUUCUCACUUCCCUUCCACUACAAGUCCCAUCAGUGUUUCUUCCAGUAGCGGCCAUGGCUCUGCUUCGGACAUGUUGACCAGGCCUUCUAGCUCGUCUGUUUGCGGUUCCCCGAGCGAUGGGGGAUUUAUCUCGUCUGAUGAAUAUGGCUCCAGCCCUGGAGACUUCAGGUACUUUCGGGUCCGGAGUAAUACACCGGAUUCCCUGGGAAACACGCCACCUAUCAGAGAGGAGAACUGCCUGAGUGAGUACAUGUCCAUGAGUAAGCAACAGGUAGAUGAUAGCUCGAAAGAUGAUUAUAUGGAGGCUGAAAAGUGUUUCAGGAAAAGAACUUACUCUCUAACAAAACCAACUUCUGUAGCAGUGCAGCAGAAGACAACGCAAACUACAGCUUUGUUAGAUGAAGACUCUGCAGGAAAUCAUGGACGAUUACUUUACUCUGAAACGCCAAAACUGAAAGAUAACCAUGAGUUGGAGUACAAUGAUGCAAACCUCGAUUCCAUAUGUAACCAAAGUAGGAGUAAAGCCAGGGAUGAUGGGUACAUGCCGAUGAUGCCAGGAGUUGCAUCUUCUCUAUCCAGCAACAGCGAUUACUUGCCAAUGACUCCUAAAAGUAUGUCUGUUCCAAAACAGAUUAACAAUUCGUGGUCACCGUCUCAGGUUGACUCCAGAGGAUACAUGAUGAUGUUUCCAAAGGCCAGCUCCUCACCUGUACGCAGUCCUUUAACUGGAUUUAUUUCUAAAGGAAGUAAUGAGAAAAUCGCCAACAAUGAGUAUAUGGAUAUGUCACCUGGUAAUUCAGCUCCAAAGCACCCCAGUGAUUCAAAUUACAUUCACACCGCUUCCGUUCCCAAAGGUUUUAGUUCAUAUUUUUCUUUGCCCCGAAGCUUUAAGGCAUUAUCGGGACAGAAUGGUGACCACAGUGAGUAUGUUCCGAUGUCUUCACCUGGAAAACUCUUGUAUAGUGGACCAGAAAAUGUAAAAGGGGUCAACAGUGAGGCUCUGGCUAAUGGCAUCUCUAAAUUGCCAGCGGUGAAAGGUUCAGAUGAAGGACUUGUGCAGAACAGGGCUGCCAGGCCCACACGACUCCCCCUGGGUACAAGAGGGAGUAACACUAUUCCAAGAAUGUAUGAUCGUACAGUUCCACCUGAGCCAGCAAGUCCCGGUGAAUACAUAAAUAUUGAUUUUAAUGAAAAGGCGAGUAAUACUCCUUAUUCCUUAUCUGCAGAAGGAUCCCCAUCAUCUCUAGGCUCAAGUAGCGACCACAGGCAGUCCCCGCUUUCCGAUUAUAUGAGCGUUGACUUGGAUGUACAGUCACCGAAAGUAGCGAAGGAACUGUCCAACUCUCUAACAGAUAUUUCAAUUUAUGCAAGUCCCAGUAUUCCUAGAAACCAACCGAAUCCUGAUUACGCCAGGCUCUCAUUUGGUACUGCUUGUGUGAGCACCGCCAGUAACAGGACUGAUGACUACACGGAGAUGACAUUCAACAUGGCAGCAACACCGCCUCGACCAUUCGCUGCCGAAUCUGACACCAGCGUAAAGAUUGACAGCCCUUCUUCCAUAGUUAACAGACUGUGCAUUGUUGAUCGAUAUGCUGGUAGCAGUAGCUUCUCUGUUCCUAGCUCUGAACCUCCAAUGGGACCGAAAGUGAUUCGAGCCGAUCCUCAAGGCAGGAGGAGACACAGUUCUGAAACGUUCUCUUCUGCUGGGACUGUGACGACUUCCUCCUCAUUCUUUACUGAUAGUAGCAAAAGACACAGCUCUGCUUCAUUUGAUAAUGUUUGGUUAAAACCAGAUGAAAACAUUGCUGAUGGUCAGGAAAGCAAAAUGUCCAGGGAUACCUCAACUGGAUUUCAGAAUGGCUUAAACUACAUUGCUCUGAAUUUACGCGAUGAUCCUAUAAGCUGUGAGGCAAGUACUACAGCGCCAACUUGCCACCUCCAGAAUGGUACUUCAGGUUUGGACAGUGGAGCUUACGUAAGCAUAGACUUCAGCAGAUCCGAUGGACUCAAGUGUAACACUGCGAGAAAAGACUGACUGCAUUGCCAUGGAAACCAUUGUGGGAAGACAAGACUUUUCUGCUGGUAACUCCAGAAACUGUGUGGUGCUUUUGGAAGCAAAGCUCAGCUCCAGCCGGCUACUUUCAUUUCCACCAGCACGGACAUGGACACACAUCCUUUUAAUUAAUUUCUUUUCAUAGACAUCAGCUCUCUACAGUUGAAUUAAUUUGAAUUGAGAUUUUUUUUUUGUCAUAGCUGUGCUUUGGUGAUGGAAUUUGGUCUUUCAUGUCAUAUCUAUUUGGGAGGCAGCAUGAAUGCUAAUAGGAGAUCCCUGUAUGCCCCUUCCUUCCUCCUGCCUCUCCCAUUAAUAAUUGUUUUUAUUUAUAUUCUGAGAAGUCAAAGCUGGUUUCUGAUUGUCUGUUUAACAUGGGGUUUGCUUCUCUGGUACAUUAACAAGUGGCUAGCUUAAAACAUGUAUUGUUUAGAAAUCUUUUGGCAGUUCUGGAUAUUUUCAGGUGGCCGGGCAGAAGCAGGGAUGGAUGGAGGGAUGGAUGGAAGGGUGCACAUCAGCUGGGGGGUGACCUGAGGGACCGACUGGGUCUGAGAAGGAAAGGCCUCUUCUGCCUUUUUUUUUUUUCCUCUUUUUAUUUUAAGGUUUUGCUUUCAUGGUACAAGAGGUAUUUCUCGAUCAUAGGCUAGAGUAUUUUAAAUCAAAUGUCUGUCAGAGCUUAAACUGAGUUACUUUCUUUUUUUGCUCCAAGUUUUGGUAUGUACAAGGUAGGAUUAAUGGGCUGGUUGUCUUGUAAAUUGUUUUGUUCUUACCCUCGAGAUACUUGUUUAUAAAUACGAUUGUGUAAAAUGAGGUUUUUGUUGGUGCAUUCGAAUGGGGAGCUGCAGGGUCGGACCCAGCAUUUGUGGCUCCUGCAUUAUACUUUCCAGCUGUAGCUUUUUGAAAAAAAACCCACCCUGAUUGAUCUUACUUUCAGCCAAAGUCCCAUCUUAAAUCUGGGACUAUUUUUAUUCUUUCUUCCUGGCAUAAUGGGGAAAAAAAUAAAAGGUGGGCUCAUCAGCUGUCGUUUUCCCACUCACAGAAAGGUGAACGAUGACUAUUUGACAUUUUAAAGUAAGCCCUGAUUUUUCUACAAUUUAAGUGCUUCACUCUUGUACUGAUUUAUUUUUUUGGGGGGUUGAAAUGAGUUUUGAACACUGCUAUGAAUUUAGUGUGUGACACGAGGCGUUGGUACAUGCGGUGUGUGAUAAAAGGCACUGACGAUUGAUGAAGGGUUUGGAAGUGGUACGCGAAUCCUCGUGCUGUUCUGCACCACACAGCUGGUAAAUCCUCCUCAGUGUAUAUUGUACAACUGACCUGUCAGGCUGCCUCACCUCCAACACACAACCUUGAGAUUGCUCGGACAGUUCGCACAACAAAUGAGACACUGUCAGCUUGGAUUGCUCGGUGAUGGGUACCCAAAUCUAUUUUUGAGUAGUAUUAAAAUGUACACGUCAUUAAAAUACGAAAAGACUUUUGUUUUGGAAACAUGGUACCAAUCAGUUUACACAGUGUCUAGUGACAGGCAAAACUGUUGCUACAGGGUUUAAAAGCACAGUCCCGUUUUGGAUUUCUGGAAGAGGAGUUUAACUUGGUACAGAUACUUGUUGCUGCUAAACAUGAAUUAAAAAUACGACCACUCUCACAGACCAUGAUACUGUCUCGCCAUUUAGCUUCUGUUUGGUCUCUUAAAUUAAUACUGCAAUACAUACACAGCUUUUAAUAAAGCUUUACAUCUUUUCUAAGAAAACAAAAUUUGGAUGAAGAUAGUUCUAAACAUUUAAUGUGAAAGAAAGAGGUUGUUUUGAAGACAUUUGUUACAUACUUAUUUCGGAUUAGAUCCCUGAGGCUGCCAUUGUACAAUAUACAGCACUGAUUUAAUAAAUGCUGAAUAAAUAAGUAAAUGGGUAACCUCAAGUGUAGUGGUACAAAUACUAAUAGGUACGGCAUAAUAAAUAUGCAAUCUUUUUGAAUCUCUUAGUUUACAGCAACUAAUUUAUUCAGUAUUGUGCUGGAAGAACAUUUUUGGAUGAUGUAAAACAUAUCACUCUCUAUACUACCUUCCAGCUACCCGUUUAUGCUGCUGUAUAGUACAAAAAUACCAAUGAUAGAACAAUGUUUGUCCUGUAAAUUUAAUUUGAUAUUGGACAGUUCUUGUCUGUACAAACUAAAAACAUAUAUGGUUGAAACUGUUCAUUAUAUUUGCUAUUUCUGCUUCACAGAUCUGUUUGAAAGUUGAGCUGAUUGAUCUGGCUUUGUCUUCCAUUGUAAAUAUUGUUCCGUUGUUUUCUUUGUAAAACACAUCGCGUUGGCGGUUUUGGGAGACUGGCUUGAAGCUCUGUAUAGUGUUUAUAUUUAUCUGACUUGGCUUUCCAUAGAGCUACUUGCAGUAAAUACGUGUUCAUGUA